AUGGAGCCUUGGAAGCAGUGCGCUCAGUGGCUCAUCCAGUGCCGGGUGCUGCCGGUCAACCACCGGGUGACCUGGGACACGGCGCAGGUGUUCGACCUGGCCCAGACCCUCCGCGAUGGAGUCCUGCUCUGCCAGCUGCUCAACAACCUGCGCCCUCACGCCAUCAACCUCAAGGAGAUCAACCUGAGACCUCAGAUGUCCCAGGUUAUAGAAACAUUAUCCAAGCUUUCUCGCACACCCGCUGCAUUAGCUACAGGAAUAAGGCCCUUUCCAACAGAAGAAAGUGUGAAUGAUGAAGACAUCUACAAAGGCCUUCCAGAUUUAUUAGAUGAAACAGGUGUUGAUGAGGAUGAAGACCUUUAUGAUUGUGUUUACGGAGAAGAUGAAGGUGGUGAAGUUUAUGAAGACCUCAUGAAAGCUGAAGCAGCCCAUCAGCCUAAAUGUCCAGAAAAUGAUAUAAGGAGCUGCUGCCUUUCUGAAAUAAAACAGACAGAAGAGAAAUACACAGAAACUUUGGAGUCUAUUGAAAAGUUUUUUAUGGUACCAUUGAAGAGGUUUCUGAUGACAACUGAUUUUGAGACAAUAUUCAUCAAUAUUCCUGAUUUGGUGAAAAUUCACAGAAGUUUAACACAAGAUAUUCAUGAGUCCAUUGUAAACAAAAAUGACCAGAACCUGUAUCAAAUUUUUAUUAGUUACAAGGAAAGAUUAGUUAUUUAUGGACAGUACUGCAGUCAGGUAGAGACAGCGAUAUCCUGUUUAGACAAUAUCUCCAAGACAAAAGAAGAUGUGAAGUUGAAACUUGAGGAAUGUUCCAAAAGAGCUAAUAAUGGGAAGUUCACUUUACGGGAUCUCCUCGUGGUUCCAAUGCAACGAGUCCUAAAAUACCAUCUCCUGCUUCAGGAGCUGGUAAAACACACCAAUGAUCCAACUGAGAAGGCAAAUCUAAAACUGGCACUUGAUGCAAUGAAGGAUUUGGCACAAUAUGUGAAUGAAGUGAAGCGAGAUAAUGAAACUCUCCGUGAAAUUAAACAGUUCCAGUCGUCAAUAGAGAAUUUGAACCAAUCCCUUUUACUGUAUGGAAGACCACAAGGGGAUGGUGAAAUCCGGAUAACAACCCUGGACAAACGGGCAAGGCAAGAUAGACAUAUCUUCUUAUUUGACCUGGCUGUAAUUGUAUGCAAACGACGAGGUGAUAAUUAUGAAAUGAAGGACAUAAUUGAUCUUCAAGAGUACAAAAUAAUGAAUAAUCCCACCACAGAUAAAGAAAAUAAAAAGUGGUCUUACGGCUUCUACCUCAUCCACAUACAAGGACAAAAUGGUCUUGAACUCUACUGCAAAACCAAAGAUCUGAAGAAGAAGUGGCUUGAACAGUUUGAAAUGGCUUUGUCCAAUAUACGGCCACAUUAUGCAGAAACAAAUACACAUGACUUCAAAAUGCAUACCUUCACCCGUGUAACAUCCUGCAAAGUCUGUCAGAUGCUUCUGAGGGGAACAUUUUAUCAAGGCUAUUUAUGCUCAAAAUGUGGAGCUGGAGUCCACAAAGAAUGUCUGGGAAGACUAGACCAUUGUGGAAGAGCUAAUUUUGGUGAUCAUGGGACCCUGAAACAUGAGAAACGACCAAAUGGGCUUCGAAAGAGCUCCAUUUUCAUGGACUCAGGUUUGCCAAAAAUGCAAGUAAUUAGAAACUACAGUGGGAUACCACAACCAUCUCCUAAUGAUGGCCCUCCGCUACAUGUCCAGAUUGGGGACAUCAUAGAACUCAUCAAAGGGGAUGCACAUAGCUUAUUUUGGCAGGGUAGAAAUCUGGUGACCCAGGAGCUUGGUUUCUUUCCAAGUGAAGCUGUAAAACCUUGUCCAUGUGUUCCUAAACCUGUGGACUACUCUUCCCAGCCAUGGUAUGCGGGAACAAUGGAAAGGUUGCAGGCUGAGGCUGAACUUAUUAACCGGGUAAAUAGCACUUACCUAGUCAGGUGCAGGACGAAAGAAUCGGGAGAAUAUGCCAUUAGCAUUAAGUACAAUAAUGAAGUGAAGCACAUCAGGAUUUUCACAAGAGAAAGUUUUUUUCAAAUUGCAGAAAAUAGAAAAUUCAGAAGUUUAAUGGAGCUUGUGGAGUAUUACAAGCAUCACUCUCUCAAAGAAGGUUUCAGAAGUUUGGAUACAACUCUUCACUACCCGUAUAAAGAGUGUGAAAAUUCAGUCGACCAAAGGAGCAACCGAGCAAGUAGCAACUUACUGAGUCCCAAGGUCCUUGGUAUAGCUAUUGCCCGCUACGACUUCUGUGCAAGAGACAUGCGAGAAUUGUCCUUAAUCAAAGGAGACGUGGUUAAAAUUUAUACAAAGAUCAGUGCCAAUGGCUGGUGGAGAGGUGAAGCAAAUGGAAAGGUGGGCUGGUUUCCAUCUACCUAUGUAGAAGAGGAUGAAUGACUUGCAGAUCUAGUUGCAACUUCUGAUCGUAAGCUUCAGGGAUGAUGAAAUCCAACCAUCUGCAAAGCAUUAUUCAUCUUGUUAUUUGAAAUGCAGCACUUCGGUCUGUUGAAACCCUUCAGUCUUAACACUGGGAUUACGGAGGAAGUUUGUGUUGACAGAUUAAUAUCUCACUCAGAGCUGUGUAAAGAAACAAGCUGUCUGUCUGCCACCACUGGGGACCAGUAUGAAACUCCUAACCUCACUAUCCUUAAAAAAAUGAGAGAGAGAAAUAACUUCAAAACAGAUUUUUGAAAAAGAAUGCUUCAUUUCAUUCCAUCCACAAUGAAUACUAAGUACCAGUAGCUGUUUAGUAGCCUCUUUAUCUCCCUCCCUCCACUUACUUUCUGUUAGCUAACAUCUCUGAUGGCCUGCUCUGAAGAUGAAGGCUUACUUUUUGUGGCUUAUCACUGCAUCCAGGAGGGGAAAAUUUGAGCAUUCCAGUAGUCAUGUGGUCAAUGUUAAAUACCUAGCAGCACUAAUUAACCUUGCCAAUGACUGCACAUUCACCAAGGCUGUGAUCUCUAAACACAGUUUCUGGGGAUUAGGUUUCAUUCAGCAUACUUCUGCAUGCCGUUGUGUGUUGGGGUUGGGUGGGGUUGGGUGAAGAGAAGACACAGAACAAUUUAUUGGAGGCUAUGUUAACUGGCUUAUCAAAGUCUUUUACUAAAAGGUUUUCUUGACGAGCAUACUUUAAAAGGUAGAACCAAAUUAUGCAGAAUGUAAAGUUACACGUCCCUUACAGAACAAUAACCUGAAAUACACACUCAUCUUUUGUACCAGGUUCUAGAAUAUAGGAGGUGUUCUGUUUUUUGUUUUGCUCUUUUUUAAACAAAAAUAGAUGGAACUUUCAGCACUGUUUAAUUUUGGUCCUUGGGAAGCUCCAUCUAAUUUUAAUGACACUAACAAUGCAGUAUCCGAUGGGUGGGAUCUUUAUACUCCAGCCUUCAGUUUUGUCAGGCAAAGCAGAGUUACAGAACUUUGUGUCUGAGUGAUUAUUUCUGCAGUCCCUAGAUUUUGUAAAGAUUGUGAAUCGUAAUGACACUCAUAAAUCAGAUUAUUAAUGUUCUCAAAAGCAUAGCAAUCACAAGCACAGCCUUUGGUAGGCAUAGUGGGAUUUGGAGGAGCCAAAUUCUACUCAAAUGCAGGAGGAGGAGAGGAGGAGCUGCCCCUAAAUGUUGGAGAAAGCUUUCAUUUUGGCAUCUCAAGUGUGAAAAAAUUGCUAUUGGAAGUUAAAAAAAAAUUAAGAAAUUCUUAUCAAGUCUGCUUUGGAAAAAUGGCUGUGUGGGUCGAGGACCAAAUAAGUUCAAAAAUUCUCUGAUAUUCUCAGGAAGUUUUACUUUAGUGGAAAGGAUACCCUUUGUUUUCAUUGCAAAUCUUCACUCUUAACCCCCCCAUGGAUCUGUGUUCAAUGACACACAUUUGUUAAGUGUGCUGAGCAAAUCCAGAUUGGUUAGAGAAACGUGUGUGAACACACACCAUUUUGACCAUCUCAUCCUCUUUGCCAUUCUUAAUACAUGCAUCCCAUUAACACAAUGGUUCCCAACCUUCAGUCCCCAGAUGUUCUUGGACUGCAACUCCCAGAAAUCCUGGCCAGCAUAGCUAAUGGUGAAGGCUUCUGGGAGUUUUAGUCCAGGAACAUCAGAGGACCCAAGGCUGGGACCCACUGCUCUAAUAGAAUGCUUAUUCAGGUAUCCAUUGUUUCCUUGUUUGCUAAGGCCUUAGUAAACCAUCUGCCUUAGCCCAGGAGCUUGCCAUCAAGCAAAGAUGAACCGGGGAUCUUCAUGUGUGUCCCUGCUUGAACUGCUAUGAAGCUCUGUGGAGUUCUAAAACUGCAGUUUAACAUCCCUAGAUAUAUACCUGUAGUUUAGUGAAGUUCAAAAUGAUGUAAAAUUUGAAUUUAUUAAAUACAUUAUUUUGAUGUAACUAGUUACAAGCAUUGGUAAAUGAUUCCAGAAAUGUAUUUAAUAAAGUAACUUGUCUUUAAACAUUAGCCUAGAAAAACGUCCUUGGUGCUACCCCACCUUUCCCCACAAGGAGUAGUUUCAUCUGGUGGACUUGGAGUGGGCAAAACUGCUUUACUACAAGCUAUUGCCUGUUUUUAAUGGAGUAGAGUUUUUGUCUCUAGGUCUGUGAAAUGUCCUGUCCUGUUUUCAUCAGUGUUUAUAAAUAAGGGGAGAAUUGACUUAAAAUAAAGACAAAGAAAUGUGUCCUUCCAGCAAAACAUGUUGAUCAACAGUUAAGAUAUCCUGCUGUUUGCUAAUGUUUGCAGCUGAGAG